UGUUCUAUUGUUUGUUCUGGUCGGAAAUGUGAACACUUUAGCUCCUAUAGUCACAACAGCAUUCAUGAUUAUAUACGCUGCUGUAAAUUACUCUUAUUUUGCUCUUGUCAUGAGUUUCGAUCAUAGGCUAGCACGCGAUCUACGAUUUGGUGUUCAGGAUAAAUCACGAAGAAAAAGCACUGACAUUAGUGGGUAUGGAGCGACAAGUGUGACUGAAAAAUCGUAUAAAGACUCUUUUCAGACUAUACGUACUGAUUUAGAUAAACUAUUUCCAGAGAAGUUGAACCAUAGAGGUCAACAUCAUUUAAUUCACCAACAGGGCAAAGAAUCUCACGGUCAGAUGUCACCAUCAGAGCCUGAUUUUGAUGCCACUCAAAGGUCAAAAUCUCUAGAUAAUGUUUCUGAGGUCAGUGAUUCGUCACAAGUGUUGCUUUGUAAGGAAGGAGAUCCAAGACAACCACCUAAUAUGAAAAUCACCAAGCAACCCAGGUCGUGGUACUCAUUCUUAUGUAACAGAUGGCUGUCAUUAUUUGGGUAUGUAUAUACAUGUUUGUAAUAUUUUGUUGUGAUUCUCAUUUCUUUACAACACAAACAGAGCAGGAUAAGAGUGGUUCAUGACAGGUUACCUCACUGUUUACGCUACACAACCUCCCUUAUCAAGAUAGAAAGAAAAAUGUCCUGUACAAUGUUCCAGUCCACUGGAAUUCCAUUCUGACUAUACUUGACCAUAAUUCGUGCAAACCCUUGAUUGACUUUGUCAUAGAUACUUUUAUUAAAGGGACUUAACCCAC